UUUGUGAAAUUGCGUCUUCCUGUCACAUGCGCUGAAUGGCACGCGGGCGCACGAGUGACAGCGACGCAAAGCAGCGCUGAUCCGGCGGGCAGCUGCACGAGGACGCGAGGCGCAUGACAGCGAGUGCCAACAGCAGCAUCAGCGGCGGCGUCAGGACGCGCGGGGGUCACGGCACGUUGGCGCGUGUGGCCGUCAAAGUUGAGCCGUGUACAAUGGUGAUAAAUGGUUCUGACCUGAACGCCUCCUCCUCUGACUCCGUCCUCAGCCGGCCGCCGUGGGUCACCACAACUUUGGGCUGCCUCCUCAUCUUCACCAUCGUCGUGGACAUCCUCGGAAACCUCUUGGUGAUUUUCUCUGUGUAUCGCAACAAGAAACUCCGGAACGCAGGGAACAUCUUCGUGGUGAGCCUGGCCGUGGCAGACCUUGUGGUGGCCAUCUAUCCGUACCCACUUGUCCUCACUUCCAUCUUUCAUAAUGGGUGGAACUUGGGCUACGCCCACUGUCAGAUCAGUGGCUUCUUCAUGGGUGUCAGCGUCAUCGGCUCCAUUUUCAACAUCACCGGCAUCGCCAUCAACCGUUACUGUUACAUUUGCCACAGCCUCAAGUACGAUAAGUUGUACAGCAACAAAAACUCAGUCUGUUACGUGUUGUUAAUCUGGGCACUGACAGUUGUUGCAAUCGUGCCCAAUUUAUUUGUGGGCUCACUGCAGUAUGACCCACGGGUUUACUCCUGCACCUUUGAGCAGUCGGCGAGCUCGGCGUAUACGAUUGCAGUCGUUUUCUUUCACUUCAUUUUGCCCAUCAUGAUUGUUACCUACUGCUACCUGCGGAUCUGGAUACUGGUCAUCCAGGUGAGAAGGCGGGUCAAGCCAGACAUCCGACCCAAGCUGACGCCGCACGAUGUGAGGAACUUUGUCACCAUGUUUGUGGUGUUUGUGCUCUUUGCCGUAUGCUGGGCACCGCUCAACUUCAUUGGACUGGCAGUGGCAAUCAAACCAGAGGUCGUGGUGCCGCUCAUUCCGGAAUGGUUAUUUGUGGCUAGCUACUUCAUGGCCUACUUCAACAGCUGCCUUAAUGCAAUCGUGUAUGGUAUGCUGAACCAGAACUUCCGUCGUGAGUACAAGCGUAUCGUGGUGUCCGUGUGCACGGCGCGCAUCCUCUUUCACGACAGCUCCAAUGAUGCAGGAGAGCGGAUUAAAAGCAAACCUUCACCACUCAUGACAAACAAUAACCAAGUCAAGGUGGACUCUGUGUGAACGGAGAAGACGAUUGUACUGAGUGGCAGUGGUGGGCACAGCCAGCCGAAAUGUUAGCUUUGGUAAGUGCCGAUCCAUUAACUGUGAUGAAGCUAAACCAAUAAGCACAGUUGGGUAGGAAUGGAUUACAUGUAAUUCCGAUUACAUAAUCAGAAUUACAUAACAUAAGUGACAAUCUCACCAGAUUACGCCAGAAACUGUAUACUCACAU